AUGAAUCUUCCCCAGGCCAAUAUUUAUACAUUCAAGAUUGGCGAAUCUUUGGAAUACAACAGAAAUAGGGAUAGAAGUGUCUCUAUUGAAACGACCGCCGGUGGACAACCCCCUUUGCCGUGUCUUUUUGACAAUGCUACCACGGCAGAAUGCUGCAAUGAUGGCGAAAUAGCAAAUACGUCUCUGGUACCAGAUCAAUUGGGGCUUCCGAGCUACAUCGCACGUCUCCCUGCGGAGCUUGACCAUGAUGUACUGCAGCUACUAAUGCGCCGGGGAGCACUUAGAGUCCCCAGCAGAACGAUGACUGACGAAUUACUGAGAGUAUUUGUCUGUCACGUAUAUCCUUUACUACCAGUAUUGGAUUUGGCCAAUUUCCUUGGUGCAGUGAACGGCACAAACGACGACAGGAUCAGUCUGGUGUUGUUUCAAGCUGUAAUGUUUGCAGGAGUCGCCUUUACAAACCUGUCUCAUUUGCAACAAGAAGGGUUUCGAAGUUAUAAUGACGCCCGGAAAGUCUUCUUCGACCGGGUAAAGCUCCUGUACGAAAUGGAUGUCGAGUCAAACCCUACGACGAUGAUACAGAUACUGCUUCUCAUGACAUAUUGGUAUGGUCAGCAGAAUGAUACGAAGGGUCGAUUCUACUGGCUACGAACCGCCUUUUCUUUGGCUACUGAUAUUGGCUUGGACAGGCAGCAUCAGUUUCCAGACCGGUCAGUCCGGCAGCGAAUGCGGCGAAAGUUGUGGUAUUGCUGCCUAAUGAGGGACAAGCUUCUAUCCAUAACGGAACGGCGGCAAAAUGCUCACUGUUGCCACAGCGAGAACCUUGAUGGCGUUGACACAGCUGACUUCGAGGAUGCGGCUUUUGAUCAGGCAUUGGACAAAUACUAUCUGCCUGAGCACGGGAUCGAAACGAGGAGCCUGGGUCGACUAUGCGCCCAAAAGGUCAAAUUAUGCCUCAUCAUUGGACGUAUCCUUGAUUCUCAAUAUGAAUUGAGUGGCAUAAGGCUUGUGUAUUCAAGCGACCCCUUCAUGGUCUUGAUACCAAAAACGAAAGUGCUCAGCACCGAGGCGGCUGCUCGGGACCAAGAGCUUCACACAUGGUACACAGAGACGGCUUCUAUCAAAGCGGCAGCCUUGGGCCAAGAUCAUGGCCAGAACGGAAGCCUGCUAGGCUUGCAUUCUGCAACCCUUGAAUUAUUGUAUCUGACUGCGCUUUGCACCGUCCAUCGACCGCUGCUCCUCCUCGAUCAACCUAAAGGCUCUGCUGCUGAAGCAUUGCAAAGCUUCUCCCGGCAGACUCUUCGAUCUGCCGCACGUCGAAUCUCGGAGAUAGCGAGACAAUUGGAAGAGAGCCACCUCCUACAAGUUAUGCCACCGCUGGCCGUGGGAGCCCUUAUCGUGGCAUCUAUUCAACACCUGAAAGAUGCUCUAUCCACUGAAGCAGAGCUUCGAGGCACUGGAGACCUGUACCUCAGGCAAACUCUCCAAGCAUUCGCAGCAUUAAGCCCAAAGUACAAUUCCGCGGAUUGUGCAAUCGGUUUCAUUGAGCGUGUCAGGAGCGGCAAACUCCCUUAUCGGACUUUCGAGUGGGAGGUUCGAGCUAAUCCUCGUGGGUCUGAUGAUGAUGAACAUCCAAUGGUGAGCACGGGCGGGGAACCGAACGCCAUCACCAUGGCACAGACAGACGUGCACAGCACUACCGAUCCACUUGUUGCACAAAGCCCCUAUGUGAGGUUGCAAAGUGACGCCAGAUAUCAUCCCAUGGAUAUGUUUGGAAGCUCGUUGGGGAGCGAGGAGGACUUCAAUAUACCCUACAUUCGAUCAUCAAAUCUUGACGCUAUUUCCGAGUUGCUACUGUCGGCGCCAUUUGAUGCCAACAACAUUGACUGGGCAAAGAGGGACUGGCAUUCUGUCGGAAGUACGGAGACUUGA